UACGCCGGUGACGCAGGCGUGACGCAGCGCGGAUGUCCCAGAAUGCCGCUGUCUGCCAGCGCAGCACCGAUCGAUGGUCAGGCCGGUGUUUCAACGCGUUAAACGGUAGAGAUCAGCCGGUGGUCGAAACGCUUGGUCUCGGUGGAAAUCGUUUGAAGUGACUGUUGAUGAGUGAAUGAGAUCCGCGUGAAGAGAGACCAUCAUCAUCAUCAUCCUCCUCCUCCUCCUCAGAGCCGAAGACAAACCCAGCAGGAGCGAUGGCGAGUCCCAGAACCAGACGAGUGCUGAAGGAGGUCCGGUCCGACGACGAGAACAAUGUGUGCUUCGAGUACGGAGCGUUUAAUCCUCAGUGGGUCAGUGUGACGUACGGGAUCUGGAUCUGUCUGGAGUGUUCGGGCAAACACAGGGGCCUCGGUGUGUCUGAUGAUCAUAAACUCUGUUUAUCUCCUCGUAGCUUUGUGCGGUCUGUGUCGAUGGACAAGUGGAAGGACCUGGAGCUGGAGAAGAUGAAGGUCGGAGGAAACAGGAAGUUCCGUAUGUUCCUGGAGCUGCAGGACGACUACGACCCCAGCUGGAGCCUGCAGGAGAAAUACAACAGCAAAGCCGCUGCGCUCUUCAGAGACAAGGUGGUGACUCAGGCCGAAGGGAAGGAGUGGACGAUGGAGAACUCUCCCGCCAGGAACUGGACUCCUCCGCAGGCCAAGAGCGGCCUGAGUGCUGCGCACCGGUCCAGUGCCGCUGCGGGUCAGAACCACACGCACUCCUCGGACAAGGCCUUCGAGGACUGGCUGAGCGACGACGUCAACUCCUACCAGAACGCCGGAGCGACCGGGGCGCAGGAGAAUAGAUGUGGGUUUGGAAACACUCCCAACCCGCCCAAGAAAGAUGAGGACUUUGUGAACAACGCCAUGUCCUCCAUCUACUCGGGCUGGAGCAGCUUCACCGUGGGAGCCAGUAAGUUUGCUUCGGUCGCUAAAGACAGUACCACUAAACUGGCCAACCAAGCGACUCUGAAGGUACUUACGGGCUAUAAACCACCGCCAGAGCCAUGCCACCAGCUGGGACAGACGCUGAAUGACAGUGUGAUCAAGCCCACACAGGAGAAGGUGAAGGAGGGAAAGUUGUUUGAUGAAAUGGCCGUGGGCAUCAGCGGUCUGGCCACCAAGGUACGAGGCGGCUCGCGCUCGUCUGACGUGAUCAGACGGAAACCUCUGCUCUUUCUCUCUCUCAACUCACUUUUCUUUCUCUUUUUGUGCUGCCGCUGUGAUUACGGUGGUGAGUACGAUGAUUUAGAUGUAAUGAAGACUCUGGAAAUCGGGCAGUGUUCAGGAGCAGGAGCUAAAGGCUGGAAGGACAUGACCUCGCUUCUUCGUUCUGCUUUACUGAGGAAGGAUAUCAGAACCAGGGGCAAGCGGGACUUCUGGGAAACCUUCGGUAGUAACACGGCUCUCAGCAGCAACUCUGUAGAGCGAGGCUCAGAAGAUCAGUCCAACAACAAGAAGAAUGCUGCAGACAGCUGGGAGACCUGGGACAACGACUGGGAGAAGGCUGAGACGGCAAGACAGGAAGAGCCUGUCGAAGCCGGCCGAGGACUCUUGGACAACAGCGGCUGGUAG